GGCAGGAAGCGGUGAAUGAUUCUAACAAUCACCGUUGAGCAACAUGGCAACCAGGUGGGGAAUCUGCAGCGCAGGGAAGAUCAGUCAUGACUUUACUGUGGCUCUGAACACGCUUCAAGCUGAAGAGCAUCAGGUUGUGGCUGUUGCAGCCCGUAAGUUAGAGGAUGCUCAGGAAUUUGCCAAGAAACACAGCAUCCCACAGGCAUAUGGCAGCUAUGAAGAGCUGGCCAGAGAUCCAAACAUUGAUGUGGUGUAUGUUGGGAACAUCCACGCUUUCCAUCUGAAGACCUGUCUGCUCUUUCUAAAUGCCAAGAAGCAUGUUCUGUGUGAGAAGCCACUGGCCAUGAACACCAAGGAAGUAAAAGAGAUCCUGGACUCAGCCAAAAGAAACCAAGUCUUCCUCAUGGAGGCUGUGUGGAGUCGUUUUUUCCCGGCUUAUGCGGAGAUCAGAAACCGGCUGGCGUGUGAGGAGAUAGGCAAGGUGAAAAUGGUCCGGUCAGAGUUUGGCAUCGCUGUGUUACACAACCCAAGAUUAGUACAGAAGGAGCUGGGUGGAGGAGCGCUGUUGAGUAUAGGAAUGUACUGCCUGCAGCUGGUGUGCAUGGUGUACAAUGGAGAGAGGCCAGAGAGCAUCCAAGCUACCGGGGUCUGUCUAGAGACAGGGGUGGAUGAAACUGUGAUAGUAAGUCUAAAGUACUCGGAGAAGAAAAUGGCGGUGUGUACCUUCUCUUCAAGCAUGCAGCUUCCCAAUGAGGCCAUUAUUGUUGGAACCAAGGGCACGAUCCAGAUUCCUGUCCGGAUGUGGUGCCCUACAUCAUUAGUUGUAAAUGGUAAGGAGACCCAGUACCCCUUGCCAGAACCAAGUUUACCUUUGAACUUUCCCAACAGCACAGGAAUGCGUUAUGAAGCGGAAGAGGUUCGAAAGUGUUUGCUUGCAGGCCUGAAGGAGAGUGCAGUCAUGUCCCACUCUGACUCACUCCUGCUGGUAGAACUGCAGGAUGAGAUCCGCCGACAGCUGGGCGUGGUGUACAGCCAGGACUGUUAAACAGUGUAUUCAUACAGUUUACAAAGAAAUUAAUAAAUAUAGAUAUGGAGAUCCA